AUGUUGCCGGUACAUACAACACAUCUGAAAACGGUACACGAUCAACCUGGGUGCAGGUAACGAUACACUGGUGACUUACGGUGCGAUCAACCUGGCUGGUGCACAACUGUCCAACAUCGAAAACAUCACAGCGAACUCUGCUGUGGUAAUCACUGCCAGCCAAUAUGCUGCGUUAAUCGCUGCGCGUGCGGCAUUGAGCCUGACAGGUCCUGUGCUGACAUUCUCUGGUAACGCACCUCAUCAACUGACUAUCGUUGA